AUGUCGAUGGUUCCAAAAGCAAACCCCUCCGAGGAGUCCCCUUUCACGGCGCUUUCCACCUCCGACCCUACCCAGCAGGGGUCGUUUCUGAGCGGGCAUUUCAAGUGGGAGGAGACGGCGGAGGCGCACAUGCUGAAGGGCGAGGUGCCGGGGCUGAGGAGGGAGGAAGUGAAGGUGGAUGUAGAAAACGGAAGAGUGCUUCAGGUGUGCGGACAGAGGGUGGUGGAGGCAGAAGAAGACGGCGACGCCUGCCGCCGCCUCCACCGCAGAGUCUCCAAGUUCAAAAAGUGUUUCACGCUCCCUCCCGACACCCAACCCGAUCAAAUGAUGGCCUCCAUGGAAAACGGCGUUCUCACCGUCACUCUACCCAAGCAAAACCUUCCCAUCGCCAUCGCCAACUGA